CGUUCAUAGAAAACCACCGUCGUUUCAAUCUUCAAAACUGGCCAAAAACAAUUCUUCACUGCUCCCGCUCUUCUGCAAACGCAACCAUGAAAUUCAAUUUUGAUUUCACCGAUUCAAAACCAGACUCUCCUUCUCCGCACAAAUCUCCAACUCCUCAACAAGACACUCACUGGAUUCCGCUCACUUCCCACCCGCUCUUCACCGCCACCACCACCGCCGACGCUCCACCGCCGCGGAGUGACCUAUUAGCAUAUGACACCUCAUCUAGGUUAUACUACUGGGAUUCAACCAAGAAAUGCCUCCACCGUAUCUCUAUACGCCUCGGCGAUCCCGAACCUACCUCAGUACUCGCUGCUACUCCCUCUAAGGUAUUGCAAACUGAUGUGGAGGUUGAUUUUUCGGUUAGCAAAAUUUCUAUUAAUCGAAAUGGCACCGCUUUAGUUCUUGCUGGUUCGGAUGGUUUGUGUGUUAUGUUUCUGUACGGUAAAAAUUCUUCUAGAAAAGAAAAUGUAACCGUAUGCAGGACUGUUUCAGUUGGUUCUCAAAUCUAUUUCAGCGAUAGUAGCUCGAUACGUACACUUCAAGUCUUAUGGCAUCCGUAUAGCGACAUUCAUUUAGGCGUGAUUUCUUCGGAUUCUGUUUUCAGGCUUUUUGAUUUGUCUUCGGAUUUCCUGCAACCAGAGCAGGAGUAUUAUCUACAGCCAACUGGACCGGGUAGAUCCAAAAAUGCCUCAUCAAUCUGUCCUGUAGACUUUUCAUUCGGAGGUGACCACAUGUGGGACAGGUUUACGGUUUUUGUAUUAUUCAGCGAUGGGUCGAUUUACAUCCUUUGUCCAGUUAUUCCUUUUGGAAGUGCUCACAAAUUUGACUCAAUAUUGGAGAUAUAUACUGAUGCUCAGUCAUUUAGAAGUAAAUCAGCAAAUCAGGCAGCUGUUAAAAAUUCUAGUCUUGCAAUUUCAUGGUUAGAAGCAACAUUCCCCGAGUUAAAGGACGAAGCGGUGGAAUGGGAAGAUUCAUUGAUAUUAAAAGCUCAACCCUAUGCUUUAUUUGACGCAUCACUGUGUUUACAGGGCUCUCUAAGGAAAGUACAUCAUGGUGGGGAAGAUGAAUAUGCAACUGUUCGGGGUACAGAAUGUGAAGGUUGUGCUGUCAGUUUUCUUUAUAAUGUGGUCAGCAAAGACUCGAUUCUGGUAACUGCAUGGAGUGGGGGGCAAUUGCAAAUAGAUGCCCUAGCUGAUGAAAUACAGCCAGUCUGGAUAGCUGGCAGUCUACCUCGUCUUCGUGUUGAUUCACAUGAUCAUAUUGUUGCUAUUGCUAUGAUUUGCGAGUCGACCUCAGGUGAGAUACCUGUUGUGAAGCUUGAUCAUACUCUGGAUCAUACUGUUUGGUUAGGUCAUCCACCGCCUUUGCUGAGACUUGCUAUUGUGGAUUUGGCUUUGCCAAAGAAAUCACAAAGUGGGUCUAAUAUAAGAAUGUUUGCUGAUCCUCUUUUACCUGAAAGAAUCUUUUCUGUCCAUGAUUGUGGCGUUGAUUCAAUAUUGUUGCACUUUCUUCCAUUUACAAGCCAAUCAUGUGGCAAGGAUGAGACUGUAAGAACUCCAUCUGUGCAUCCUGUGCUUAGUACAUGCCAGGCAGAUAACUCCUCCCCUCUAUGUGGUUUCAUCACAUUGUCAGAUUCAUUUGGAUAUUCAUGGGUCAUAGGAAUCACCUCUAUGCAAGAAUGUGUUGUGCUAGAGAUGAAAACUUGGGAUUUGUUGCUUCCCGUUCAUGUUGAUGUGGAAAAAAAUUUCCCAGGCAAUGAAGGAUGGAAGGAGGGAAAUACUCCAGACAUUAUUAGCAAAGAACUUCUCAGUGGUCCCAAGGUGGUCUUUCUUCCUCAGGCCUCACCAAAUCUUAGAUCUAUUGCUGCCGACUCUAUUGAAGGCCGAUCAGCUUUGCAUCAGUAUUUCAAGCUUUUUCAUGAAAACUAUGUUGAAUAUGCUCAUAAGGUGUAUUUUGAGCUUAAGCACCAUGAGCCUCAAUUGAAAAGAAUAAUUGAUGAACAAAAUGCUCGGCUGACUGAGGCAGAAGAGAAAUUGUUGAAAGUGGAGGAAAAACAGUCUGGGUUGGAUGACAGGAUCGAUCAUGCAAUCAAUGUACACAAUCUUCUCGAAGAACGGUUGCAACGUUUAAGGAAUUUGCCUGGAGCCCAUAAGAAACCUUUGUCUAAAGCCGAGCGUGAAUUUAAGUCUGAGCUUGACCACUUCACAGGAGUUGAGUUGGAUGCUUUGCGUACUUCAAUUGACACUUUAAGAGCAAGGUUAAAAAGGUCGGCACAAACUUCAAAAGCUAAUGCAUCAAACCAGCAAAGGCAAAUUUCAAUGAAGCAUCAUGUUCGAGAUGUUCAAAUGUCGCAGCUGAAAUCUUCACUUGCAAAACUCUCACUUGUUAAUAGUGAAAACACGAAAAAAGUUAAGAUUCUUGAAUCUGCAUUAAAAAGUAAGGAAAUUAGCAAAUGAUAUUGUUGAAUCUGGCCUUUUGGUUCUCAGCCUGAGACAUUGCAGACUCAUGAAGAUCCUUAUUGCAAGAUUUGUUUCAUUUCUUAUGGUACUUUAAGAUUUGACCCAAAUAUCAGACCAGACAUUGAAAUCUAUCAUAAUGCUUUUGGGUGCUCUGCUGCACGGUUCAAAGUAGGCGCUAUCUAUUUUGCAAUGCUUUAUCGGAGAUGCUCUGUUCAACUUGUAGUUCCUCAGAAAAACGUAUACAGGUCAGAAUUCCUCUUCAGAUCUGUACCCAUUUUAAUCUCUUAUAUCCUUACUGUUUUUGCUCUUUAGUUAAGCAAAGGUGAUUGAAAGUGUUAGGAAUGUUAUUAUCUUUUAUUUUUUUGCAUAGGAAUAGGUGACUAAUUAUGUUGUAUUUGAGGGAAGUAAUUUUCCUAUUCAUGAUUGAGUAAUUAUGUUGUAUUUGAGGGAAGUAAUUAUAAUGUGCUUUAUUCUCAAAAUUAGGUGCAUUAUUUUUUUAGUUGUUCC